UUCAGGUAGUAUAUAGAGGGAAUUGCUGCUUUGAGUUUGGACACUCGUUUAACCUGUUUGCAGUGUGACAGAAGAUUUAAGAGAGCGAUAAGUGUUUUACAAAGCUUUAUUUCGCUUAAGACAUACCAAAACAUCGUGUGGAAAAACGAGCAUACAAAGAGUGAUAUGAAGAAGGUAAAACUGUGACAGUGGGAAUUAAACAUAAAAAUAGCUCCGGUGACGACAGGAAUAUCUAACCUUAUGCCCUCAGCUACCGGAACUGUGAAGCAAAAUAGAUAAAGUACUUUGGAUUUGUGUGGAUGAUAUUACGUCAAACAUCCUUCCAGAAGAACUACAUAAUUGAAGUCCUCUUUGAAAGUAGUAGAAUAGAUUAAAACAUGCAAUGAAGUUCCCAAGAAAUAUUCAGUCGCUGUUGCUGCAAGAAAAGGAGGAACUAACCCUAUAGGGCAGCAGAAGGGUGGGGCGACUAUGCCCAGUAAUGAAGAAUGUGGGAUCCGAGAUGUUUGGGGUCAUAAUCUCGAAGAAGAAUUUCGAACAAUUCGGCAAGUCGUACAACAGUAUCAAUAUAUUGCAAUGGACACUGAAUUUCCUGGAGUAGUUGCUAGGCCCAUUGGUGAAUUCAGAACUAGUGCUGAUUAUCAGUAUCAGUUAUUACGAUGUAAUGUAGAUCUCUUACGAAUAAUUCAACUCGGUCUUACAUUUCUCGACGAAUCGGGAAAUACACCUGGUGGUAGUUAUACGACAUGGCAAUUUAAUUUCAAAUUUAAUUUACAAGAAGAUAUGUAUGCACAAGAUAGUAUAGAUAUGUUGCAAAACAGUGGUAUACAAUUCAAAAAACACGAAGAAGAAGGCAUUGAUCCAUUAGAUUUUGCUGAACUAUUAAUGACAUCGGGAAUUGUUCUUGUUGACGACAUAAAAUGGUUAUCCUUUCAUUCUGGUUACGACUUUGGCUAUCUAUUAAAACUUCUUACAGACCAAAAUUUACCACAGGAAGAAAGUGAAUUUUUCGAACUUCUUAGGAUAUAUUUUCCAACAAUAUAUGAUGUAAAAUAUUUAAUGAAAUCUUGCAAAAAUUUGAAAGGGGGCCUACAAGAGGUAGCGGAACAAUUGGAAAUUCAAAGAGUUGGGCCACAACAUCAAGCUGGAUCGGAUUCGUUACUUACCGGAAUGGUUUUCUUUAAAAUGCGAGAGAUGUUUUUCGAGGAUAACAUCGAUGAUGCAAAAUAUUGUGGUCAUUUGUAUGGUUUGGGAACAUCAUUCGUUGUAAAUGGUUCAGGAGGAUAUCUAGACAGUAAUGGAGAUAAUUCUUCGUCUUCGUAAUGUUAAAAGCUAUCACAUCUCAGUCGGAACAGAUUAUUUCAUUACAAAUAAAAUGUUAUAAAUAAUGUUUCACUUAAUGAUCAAGCGUAUAGUUCAUAUUCACAAUAUUACAUUCAAAUCACUGCUGUAGAUUAUAAAAUAUCACUAAUUGAAAAUGAAACUAUAGGAAGAUUUUUUCAUAUUUGUGCAUUUUUUGUAUCCUCGAAUUUGAGUCGAAUUUCGUAGGUUUCUCUUCUGUGAUACGUGCUAUUAAUCGAAAAUAUUUACAAUACUGAACAACAUAAAAUAUGUAAUAUAGUUUCUUUACAAGUGUUUAUGACAAUAUUGGUAUACAAGAUACAAUUGCAGUACAAAAGAAAAAAAAAGGAAACAAAUCUACUUUUAAGAAUUUUGCAAAAUCUCUAUUGGGAUAUGGAAGGUUGGCUAAGUAUAACAAAAAAAAAAAAAAAAAG